GUUUUAAUAAAUCAUUAGGUGUGGAUAAUGAAUAUGAUACAGCAAUGGAAGAAAUUGAAGAAACUAAAAGUGAAUUUGAUUCUUAUUUAAGAAUACAAAAAAAUAUAUUCAAUUGCAAAGUUACGUAUUUUGGUAGUGGUCGGAAUCGUUAUCAGUUAGAGGUUCCAGAAAAUGCAACCAAGUACGUAACUGAUGAAUAUGACUUACAGACACAGAGGAAAGGAUUCAAACGUUAUUGGACUCCGACAAUAAAAAGUUUAUUAGCAAAACUAAUAUCUGCCGAAGAACACAGAAAUGCAGCAUUAAAAGAUAUCAUGAGAAGAAUAUUCUCUGCCUUUGAUUCUGG